CACUAUACAAGUCACACAUUUGUACUCUACAAUUACAAAAUUCACUCUCACUUUCUCUGACACCUUCUCUUUAAUCUCCCAAACCAGUACCAUUACAAGUACUACUCUCCACAGUACCCACCAAAAUUUUCCAGACAUCUCCUUCCAACUCCUACUUAACUAACUAUAACCGUUUUCUUCCCCUCACUCCUCUUUCUCACAUGCCACACUAAACCUUCACUCAAAAACACCACAAAAAAUGAUAACAUUCAAAGAUCUAUACACUGUCUUAACAGCAGUGGUUCCAUUAUACGUUGCUAUGAUCUUAGCCUACGGUUCCGUCCGUUGGUGGAAGAUUUUCUCACCCGAUCAAUGCUCCGGCAUAAACCGUUUCGUUGCGGUUUUCGCCGUCCCUCUCCUCUCUUUCCAUUUCAUCUCGUCCAAUAAUCCAUACGAAAUGAACUUCAGAUUCAUAGCAGCAGACACACUUCAGAAAAUCAUCAUGCUUUUCGCGCUUUCGCUAUGGACUAAGUUUACUAAAAAUGGAAACUUAGAAUGGAUGAUAACCAUUUUCUCAUUGUCCACACUUCCAAACACUUUGGUUAUGGGGAUUCCUCUUCUGAUUGCUAUGUAUGGUGAUUAUUCCGGAACCUUAAUGGUUCAGGUUGUGGUUCUUCAGUGUAUCAUAUGGUACACUCUUUUGUUAUUCCUUUUUGAGUACCGUGGUGCUAAGCUUUUAAUCAUGGAACAGUUUCCGGAAACCGCGGCUUCGAUUGUCUCGUUUAAGGUCGAUUCGGACGUUGUUUCGCUCGAUGGAAGGGAUUUUCUUGAAACUGAUGCUUCUGUUGGCGAUGAUGGGAAGUUACAUGUGACUGUGAGAAAAUCUAACGCGUCGCGGAGGUCGUUUAUGAUGACUACUCCGCGACCGUCGAAUUUGACUGGAGCUGAGAUUUAUAGUCUCAGCUCCACGCCGAGAGGGUCUAAUUUCAACCAUGCCGAGUUUUACUCCAUGAUGGGGUAUCAACCAAGACAUUCCAAUUUUGGUAACAAUGAUUUGUAUUCUGUUCAGUCUUCUAGAGGGCCAACUCCUAGACCGUCGAAUUUCGAAGAAAAUGGCGCAAGUUCUCCGAGAUUCGGGUUUUAUCCUGCGCAAUCUGCGCCUGCUUCAUAUCCUGCGCCGAAUCCGGAAUUCUCUUCUACUGCGAAAACUGUGAAGAGUCAAAAUUUGGUGCAGCAGCCACAACAGCAACAGGUUUCAUUGCAGACUAAGGGCUCUCAGGAUGCUAAGGAAUUGCACAUGUUUGUGUGGAGCUCAAGCGCUUCGCCGGUUUCGGAAAGUGCCGGUCUCAAUGCCUUCCGAAAUUCGGAACAGUCGGAAGAGGGUGCUAAAGAGAUCAGGAUGGUGGUUGCUGAUGAACACAAUCAAAAUGGUGAAAUCAAUAACAAAGGGGAACUUGGUGGGGAAGAGGAUUUCAAGUUCAUUGGAGUGAAGGGAGAAGAACAAGUUGGAGAAGGGCCUAAUGGGCCUAACAAGCUGAGUAGCAAUGCAACACCAGAUAUCCAUCCAAAAGCCACCGGAGUGGCCGAUUCUGGUGUCGGAAAACUCAUGCCUCCGGCGAGUGUCAUGACUCGUCUCAUACUCAUUAUGGUUUGGAGGAAACUUAUCCGCAAUCCCAACACUUAUUCAAGUCUCAUUGGUCUCAUUUGGUCCCUUGUUGCAUUUAGGUGGGGUGUUCAUAUGCCUAAAAUAGUAGAGAAAUCAAUUUCCAUACUGUCUGAUGCUGGUCUUGGAAUGGCUAUGUUUAGCUUAGGUUUGUUUAUGGCUCUUCAACCCAAGAUAAUUGCAUGUGGAAAUUCUGUUGCCUCAUUUGCCAUGGCUAUUAGAUUCCUUACUGGUCCAGCAGUAAUGGCAGCUGCUUCUAUCGCUGUCGGCCUCCGGGGUACCCUCCUUCAUGUAGCCAUUGUCCAGGCCGCACUUCCACAAGGAAUUGUUCCAUUCGUGUUUGCGAAAGAGUACAAUGUUCAUCCAGCAAUUCUUAGUACAGCGGUUAUAUUUGGGAUGUUGAUAGCUCUUCCAAUUACUCUUCUCUACUACAUACUCCUUGGUUUGUAAAAAAAGAAAAUACAUAUUCAUAGUUUGGAGUUGGAAGAUAGUAAACAUGCAUGGAAAUCACAAGUGGAGUAUUCUAUUAUCAAAAGGAGGAGGAUUUUUUUUAAUAAAUAUUUUAUUUGAAAAGUGUCACCACUAACUAGUUAUUUUACCAACAGAAAUUGUCACUCCAAGUCUCAAAAAAAGAAGAAGGAAUUUGAGAAAGUUUGAUAGAUUAAAAUGUUGCAUUCCAUGUUUCCAAGAUGAUGUAACUUUCAAAAGAGAGAAUGUAACAUUGUAUGGGAGACAUAUAAGAGAAAAACAGGGGAAAUCUAGGAUAUGAAAGUGUUCCUUUUCUAUCAACCAUUUGUAUACUUUUAUGAGAAAAAUAUGUUUGGGUAGUAAUUGUGUAGAUGAAAGAAAUUGGAAAUGACAAUGAAGCCUUUUUACCUAA